CCUUAAUUUUGAUAAAAUGAGAACUAUCACACUAUCAGUCAUUUUAAUCUACCAUGAACCAAUAAAUUUGAACCUUAGAUGCUAUACAAUAAUUUUUGGCAACUAGAAAUGUAUUGAUCUUAAUUUUAUUGCAAGCAAGUUAAAUGCAAUUAUGUCUGCAAGGUUAGUUAAGCCUUGAUUUAUUGCUGCUGUACAUAGGGGCCAUUGGUUUUAAUGUUAUGACUAGUUACUAUAUCCCUAUUUACAAAUUUGGGGGAGGAGUAGAAGACAAGACACGGGGUUCUCCUUAGAUUUGGCGGCCGUGCUACUGAAUACCUGAUAUACUGAGAAUGGCGUAGUUGGCAAGCAUAGCACAGCAUGGUUGUCAUCAGUUUAGCCAGCAGUAAAAGUAACCUCUUGUUUAUUUAAUUUAUGCCAUUUUCUUGAGGUAGGGUCUGAAAAAAAGAUUCUGAACUUUGCUCUCGUGAGUGUAGGAAUUUCCUUACAAGUACAGCGACCAACUAUUUAAACGUAGCAAUCCAGAGAGGAACAUGUAGGAGAAUGGCAGAAAUGUUUCAACAUGUGAGGGAAGAGUUGGGGGUACGGGAAUGUAGGGCAACAAGGGUUGAUGACAUCCAUUUUUAGAGACUGAGCAAGACCUGGGAAGGAAACCGCCUGUGACACAGUCUGCGAGUUGUACCGCACUUAACAUACGUGACACGUGAACGUACAACAGCCUUUUGGUUUUGAUCUGAUCAUGGCAAAGUGCCUUCUGUGUCCCUAACUUAUCCUCUUUAUUGUAGACAAAUCAUAACUCAAAAAGUCUUUCUCCCAAUUAGUCCAAGACAUUGGAAGAUUCAAGGUAUUAUAACAACCUGCUUGUGAAGUUUUAACUUCAGAGAAAUUCUCGGAGCAGACUGCAUUAUGACAGACGAAGUUCAGAAAAAAGUUUUGGAAAGUACGCUCUUUCAUCCUACUGCCAAGAAGUACCCACCAAAACUGUCAUAUCAGAAAGCAUUUUUGAAAGCAUUAAUGGUACAGGUGGAGAGCUCGGGAGCAGAGGUGUGCGACGAGCUCUACGCGGCUCUGUGCUCCACGCUAGUGGGGCGAGGGCCGAGCGAGGACCACCACUACCGCCACUACUUCCUGGCUGACGGCGGUGCCGGCACCACCUCCCUGGUGCUGAAGGAGAGCUGCAGCAUCGUCUCUGGCGGCACGACCGGCCUCUGCGCUUGGCAGGCGUCGCAGGCCCUGUCCGAGUGGUGCCUGGCGCACCCUGCGGUGCUGGCCGGCCGGCGGGUGCUGGAGCUGGGCUCGGGGGUCGGCCUAACGGGCCUGGUCGCCUGCCUCCGCUGCCGGCCCGCCUCCUACGUCUUCUCCGACGCCCACCCGGCCGUCCUGCGGCUCCUGCGCGAGAACGUGGCGAGGAACUUGGCUCUGGUCCCCGGGCCGGACGCCGCCGGCGACGCGACGCCCUACGCGGCCGCGCUGGGAUGCACAGCGGUCCAGGUGGUCGACCUGCCCUGGGAGUCGGUGCCCUCCCACUCCGCCCUCGUUCCGGAGGUUGUGUUGGCAGCAGAUGUGGUGUACGACAGUACGCUAUUCCAGCCGUUAUGUGAAGCUUUACGGCACCUAGCAGUCGAGGUUAACCACAAGUGCCUUAUUGUACUGGCUUGCACCAUACGCAACAGUCACACACUUGACCAAUUCUUCAGUCGGCUAGCAACCAGUAGUCUGCAUGUACAGACAGAAGAAGUAAUCCAGCCCUCUGUAUUCAUAUACAGCAGUGACCCUCCGGUGAAAGUAUACACUAUCACCAGCACACCAAGAUCAGAGAGAUAGCAUUUGAAUGGAUGUACAGUGUGUGGUACUUUAAAUAAAAAACUUAAAAUCC